CGGACUACAUUCCCCAUGAGUGACGCGCGCGUAGCGCCGCUAAACUCUCAGCAACACACAAACGAGACUAAUAAUCACAAACAACGGAUUUGGGAGGAAGAUGAGGGUGAAGGAGAUACUCAGGGCUGCGACACAGGCAUGGAGUCCUGCGAUGAAGCACCCCGCGUACCUGGCCUUAGGAACCGCAGCGCAGCAGCUGGAUGCAUCCUUCAACACCAGCGCCGCUCUGGAGAUCUUUGAGAUGGAUUUCGCUGAUUCAUCCAUGGACAUGAAGCUCAGAGGAACUCUGCCCACUUCCAGCAGGUUUCACAGUCUGAUCUGGGUGGCGUUUGAUAUGGAGGUGAAGGGCUCGUCCGGUCGGCUCAUCGGAGGCAGUGAGAGCGGAACCGUGAGCGUCUUCAGCCCCGACGCUAUUCUCAGCGCGGGAGAGGACGCCGUGAUCGGACAGUCCAACAAACACACGGGCCCCGUGCACACGCUCGACUACAACCGCUUCCAGAGUAACAUCAUCGCCUCCGGAGCCAGCGAUUCAGAAAUAUACAUCUGGGACUUGAACAACUUCAGUAAUCCAAUGACGCCGGGCGCAAAGUCACAGCUCUGUGAGCCGGCGGAGGACGUGAGUGUGGUGGCGUGGAACAGUCAGGUGCAGCACAUACUGGCGUCUGCAAACCCCAGCGGGAAGGCCAUCGUCUGGGAUCUGAGGAAGAACGAGCCCAUCAUCAAAAUCAGUGACCACAGCAACAGGAUGCACUGCUCGGGGAUGUUGUGGCAUCCAGAUGUGGCCACUCAGCUGCUUCUGGCAUCAGAGGACGACAGACUUCCGGUCAUACAGAUGUGGGACCUUCGGUUUGCAACCUCGCCUCUCAAAGUCCUGGAGAGCCACACCAGAGGAAUUCUGUCCAUCUCGUGGAGUCAAGCCGAUCCGGAGCUUCUGCUGAGCAGCGGCAAAGACAACCGGAUCCUGUGCUGGAACCCAAACACCGGAGAGGUGAUUUACGAGCUGCCGACAGCCAAUCAGUGGUGUUUCGAUGUGCAGUGGUGUCCUCGUAACCCCGCCCUCCUGUCAGCCGCUUUGUUUGACGGACGGAUCAGUGUGUACUCUGUGAUGGGAGGACGUCUUCAGCAGCAGCAGCACAGCACGGUGGACCAGAUCUCAACUUCGUUUGACACCAGCGACCCGUUUGGAAGCGGUCAGGCUCUUCCUCCUCUGCAGGUUCUUCAGCCCUCAGUCGAAACCACCAUCAUCCCUCCGCUAAAAAAGCCGCCCAAGUGGGAACGGAGGCCUGUCGGCGCGUCCUUCGCUUUCGGAGGGAAGCUGGUGAUGUUUGAGAGCCCUAAAGUGGCGCCUCAGCAGCAGCCAAUCCCGCGACAGGUGCAUGUGAGUCAGGUGACCACAGAGACGGAGUUCCUCCAGCGUUCAGCCGAGCUGCAGGCCACUCUACAAUCCGGAUCCUUCAGCAGCUACUGCCACGGCAAGAUCAGGAGCGCCCCGUCUGACGCCGAGCAGGACAUAUGGAGGUUCCUCAUGGUGAAUUUUGAGGAUGAGGCGCGUGUGAAGUUUCUGCGGCUGCUGGGCUUCAGUAAAGACGAGCUGCAGAGGAAGAUCUCAGCGUGUUUGUGGAGGAAGCUUCAUCCGAACGGUUUAGACGUGAAUGAUCUGGCUGAGAAGAUGCAGACGCUUUCUGAUCAGAGAGUGGAGGAGUCAGGCAGCGCUGCAGACGGUUCGUCCGGCCGCGAGUCUCCAGCUGAUUUCUUCAGUCAGCUACCAAAGAAAGAGAAAGACCGAGAGCCCUUCCAGAUCCCCGUGUCCUCAGAUACAGACGGUCUGAUCAAUCAGGCUCUGUUGGUGGGGAACUUCGAGGCUGCGGUGGAUCUGUGCUUGAACGACGGCCGUUUCGCCGAAGCCAUCCUCCUGUCAAUCAGCGGAGGGGAGGAGCUACUGAAGAAGACCCAGCAACACUACCUCCACCGACAGACCAACAGCGUCUCCAUGCUGAUCUCGUCAGUGGUGACACAGAACUGGCGUGAUAUCGUCCAGAGCUGUGAGCUGGAUAACUGGAAGGAGGCGCUAGCGGCUCUGCUGACCUACGCUAACCCCGAGGCGUUCGCUCCUCUCUGCGAUACUCUGGGUGCUCGUCUGCAGGCUGAAGGCACAGAGAAGCACUGUCUGCAGGCCUGUCUGUGCUUCAUCUGCUCGGGGAACAUCGAGCGUCUGGUGGAGUGCUGGACGUCACAGAGAGACUGUUCUUCUCCGCUGGAGCUGGAGGAUCUGGUGGAGAAGGUGAUGAUCCUGCGGAAGUCGAUCGAGCGUCUGCGUAGCGGCGAGGUUUGUGUUCAGAGCUCAGCGCUGACCGAGAAGCUCAUCCAGUACUCCAGCAUCCUGGCAUCACAGGGCAGCUUGACUUCAGCGCUCCGCUACCUGCCUGACAGCCCAGACCAGGCUGGUGUUCAGAUGUUGAGAGAGCGACUGUCACACGCUAAGGGUGAGAUCCUGCAGAGACCGCAGCCGUCUGCGCCAGCAGGAGGCGCUAAAGCACCGGCAAACACACAUACUCCUGCAGCACACACACAGGGGCCGUACGCGGCCGCAGCUUUUCCUCAGAUGCCCCGUCUCUUCACUCCUCAACCACGUCCCGAUUCUGCUGGAGCGUCACAGCCGGGCCUGAGACCCGCCUACCCACAACACCCUGCCACAGCUCCGGGGUUUGCUCCGUCUCAGCCGUUUGCUCAGUCCGGUCCUCUUGGAGCUCCGGUGGGUUUCAUGUCCGGCCCGUCGAUGCCCUCCUCCAGCCUGGCGGGUCCCUCGGUGCCGCCCUCCUCUCCACCGGGUCCCAUGAUGCCCCCAGGGUUCAUAUCGCCCACGUCUCUGCCAGGCGACCCUGUGCCCUUGUUUCCAGCCGCUCCUCACACACAGGCUCCUGCGCCUCCUCCCGGCGGGGCCUAUCCUCCUCUCGGAGCCGGGUAUCCUCAGGGCGGCCCCGGAGCACCAGCGUCUAAGAUGUUUCAGCUGCCAGAGAACUACACUCCCCCUGCUCCAAUCACAGCGCCGGUAAUGGCUUUCUCAGCAGAGGCUCCCGGUCCUCAGGAUCGAGUCCAGGUGCCACCCGGAGCCCCUCAGGAGCCCAGCAUACGGUCCUUACAGCAGCUUCCUGCUGAGCAUGUGGAGCAGAAGGAAAUCCCCGCCGAACACAUGAUCCUCAAGACCACCUUCAGCAGCCUGGUACAGCGCUGUCAGCUGGCCGCCGCGGACCCGCAAACGAAGCGCAAACUGGACGAUGCCUCCAAGCGUCUGGAGAGUCUGUACGACAAGCUGCGAGACCAAGCGCUCUCUCCCAGCAUCCUCGGCGGCCUGCACGAGAUCAGCCGCUGCGUCGGCAGCCGUAACUAUCAGCAGGGUCUGGAGCUUCACACGCAGGUGGUGAGCAGCAGCAACUUCAGCGAGAUCUCUGCCUUCAUGCCUGUCCUCAAAAUGCUCAUGACCAUCGGCAACAAGCUGGCUGUGUGACUCCAGCGCUCCACGGCAGAUGUGUUUUGAUCUGCCGCUGAACUGUGCUUUAAGAAUGAGUGCAGCAUUAAUAUCACACUGCUGGUGUUCUUCUCAUGUGUUUGGGAUUCUCCUUCCAUGCAGCAGGCCUUAUUCAUCUCACAACAAGCAGAACCACUUUCUGUGUGGAUUUAUUCAUAAAAAUAGUGUUGCAUAAAUUGCGUUGAAUUGAAUGCAACGGUUUGCCUAAAAAUAGGCCUUAAAACAAGCAGAACCAAUUUGUAUAAAUGAAUGCAUUCAUUUCAGUGUGAGAACGGGCUUUUUUUUUUUUGUGAAAAGUUUUCUAUGAAAAAAACAUUAUUGCGUAAAUUGUGUUGAAUUGAAUGCAACAGUUUGCCUAAAAAUAGGCUUUAAAACACAAGCAGAAUUAAUUUAUGUAAAUCAUUUGUAAAAAUCAUUCUUGCAUGAAUUGUUGCAUUCAAUUCAGUGUUAGAAUGUGUACAAACAAUAACUUUCUGUGCAUAAUUGUUCAUUAAAAAAAAACAUUAUUGCAUUGAAUUGAAUGCAACUGUUUGCCUAAGAAUAGGCCUUAAACCAUGCAGAACCAAUUUGUGUGAAUUAUUGCAUUCAGGUCAAAGUGAGAAUGCCAUGCGUAAUUGUUAUUGCAUAAGUUGUGUUGCAUUGACUGCAACGAUUUGCCUGAAAAACAAGCCGAACCAAUUUGUGCAAUUUUGUAAAAUAAUUCUUAGGUAAAUUGUGGCAUUCAUCUCUACUUCAUUCAACUUUAUAAUUGUUCAUAAAAAUUACUGCAUAAAUUGCAUUGAAUUAAAUGCCAACGUUUGCCUCAAAAUAGGCCUUUAAACCAAGUUAAACUGUCGCAUUUAAUUCAGUGUGAAAACGUGAGAGCUUUGUCAUGAAACACAAGCAGAACGACUUCAUGCAUAAUUAUUCGUAAAACCAUUGUGUUGCAUUGCAUGCACAGGAUUGCCUAAAAAAGGCCUUAAAACAAGCAAAACCAAUUUGUGCAAAUCGUUUGUAAAAUAAUUACUGCGUAAUUGUUGCAUUCAACUCAAUGUGAGAAUCUACUCAAACAGAACAAUUUUCUGUGCAUAAUUGUUCAUAAAAAAUUAUUGCAUUGAAUUGAAUGCAACUGUU